UCUAGCAGACACUCACCCGAAUGUCAAAACUGUUGUUGUUGACGUUGCCGCCUGUGGAUCGUAUACCUUUGCAACCCUAUAGUUUUCUAAAUAUUCACUGUUGAUACUGAUAUGUCUGUUAUUAGUCCGACUGAUAAGCUCAUUCGUAAAUUGCGUAAGAAGCUGCGUCAAAUUGAAAAUCUCGAAUUCCUCGGCCGCUCUAAUCUAAAUGAAGAAGAACUACUGAAGGUCAAACAAAAAAAUGCCACUAGAACUGAACUUGCUAAAAUUUUAAAACAAGUCACUGGGGAAACUUGUGUUAAUCCUAAACCCGAAGUUGAUGUUAAACAGCAAGAAACAAAAAGUAUUUUUGUACCAUCAGAGAGAACAGACGUAGUAAUAACUCCUGAAAAGAAAACUAAUACUGCAAUAACUCCUGAAAAGAAAUCUAAAAAUGAAACAGAAAAGAAUCCCACAUCUACACCACUUUUAGAAGUGCCUUUGCAGUCUAAGAAAGUAAAGCCUUUAAAAGAUCUCCAAAGUAACACACCCACCACAAUUUUAAAUCCAGCCAUUACUGAAACAAUGAAGCGUCCAUCAAUUGAGGAAAGUACAUCUUCAGUGAGCCCAGAGUCAUCAACUGUUAAUAGCUCACAGACAAAGAAGCCUAAAGCAGAAAUCCCUGAAUCACAAGAGCCUAAGAAAACUAAGCCCAAUAAUAUGCAAAAGGAAACAAAACAAUCUCCUGCUACUAAAGCUUGGCAUGAAACUCCAUUUCUUCUGAAUAUGUUGGAAUCUCACAAUGACAUUGUAUGUUGUGUUGACUUGGAUGAAAACUACAUAAUCUCUGGAAGCCGAGAUACCUUGGUUCAGGUAUGGUGCGCAAAGACUGGCUCUGCAUUGAUGGACUUGCGUGGACAUACCAAUACGGUUACUUGCGUUUGUCUCUUGUCGGCAGAAGAAUCGAAAAAUCUAUGUGCAGUGUUGUCUGGAACUACUGGCGAAGAAGCAGGUCCUAGAUUGGCUCUUUCGAGUUCAUCAGAUUGCUGCUUGAAGCUUUGGAACUUGGAAAAUGGCUCGGCUUUGCGUUCCAUUUACACAUUUAGCGCAGUUACGGCUCUAUGUUACCUGCCUGCUCAACAAUGCUGCGUCGUAGGAAGUGAAGGAGGGAAGCUAGAAAUCUAUUCAUUUCUUGAAGAGAACACUCAUGCGGUUUUUUCAAUCAAAACUUUUGAAAGCUCCGUAUCUUAUGUAAAGCUACAAGGUGACAACUUAAUCUGCUCGUCCCACGAUGGUUUCAUUAGUGUGUGGUCACUUAAAGGAACAGAACUGUGCCGACUCUUCAAAUCAGAUGACCUGGUAUCUGAAACUGGUGUCAGAAUCUAUUCUCGACCAAUCCUCAGCCUUGCCGUAAAUUCAACUCAUCCAUCAAUUUUCUAUGGCGACGAAGGUGCAAGUGUUAAAAUGCUAACAUGGAAAACAGGAUUUGUGAAAAAGCUGCGAAAUCACGUUCACGAUUUCGGGAUAACUAACGCCAUUUACGUAACUAAAUCAUUCCUUCUCUCAUCGUCCAUUGAUCUUGAUACGGGGAACUCUUCCGUUAACGUCCGCUCUUUACCCGAUGGCAAUUACUUGGGCACUUUGAAUAUUACUGGUGUUGGGCGUAUUGUCUGUCUAGCCGCCACAGAAGACCCAACAGACCAGUCUCUGCGAUUGGUCAUUGGAGGGACAAAAUUAUUAUUACUAGAAACAAGAGGAAUAGGAUGUCGUCGUUCUCCGAAGAAGGACAGUGUUCUCAAUCCCCAAUUCAUAAAAGAACUAAAUUUACCUGUUGGGGAUUCUGAAGACGAUUCCAGUAGUUCUUCUGACGAAGAAUUUCUUCAAGAUCAAGAAGAAUUAGCUAAUUCUGAUGAAACUGAUGAGGCACACAAUGAAUCUGCACAGAAUAGCUCGUGGUGCACUAUCCUCUGAUAAGUCGAGUAUAUUUUGUUAAAUUUUUUAACCGGUCCAUAUUAAGAAUCAAAGUAUAAAGCUACUAAUAAUUACUUCAUCGUGCUCAAUACUUUAAAAUUUAAAACAGAAGAAAAGAAAAAAAAAACGCUUUAGAAAAAACGAUUAUUUCAGGGAUGUCGCUGGGUUUCAUAUUUUUUUCUAUUCAUUCAGUAUAAUCAACAUACAUUAACACUCAAACGAAUUCAUAUAUUUGAAGAAACAGCAGAAGGCAAUGGAAGCUCUUUAAAUUGAGCAAUAAAAUUUUUAUCGUUUUUUUUUAAUUUCCAACUUACGAUAAAUUGUGUCCAUUGGUCGCGGCGGGUGUUAUGGUGACCACUACUGGAAUGUUGGUCAAUGCGGGUGCUUCAUUUUGUUUUUUGUGGGGUUCAAUCCAUUUAGCAUCGUGAAUUAAUAUUGUAUUCAUACAGAGCGCUGCUACUCCGUAAAUGAGGAACAGCGAAUCCAGGGCUAUGCGGCUGCCUAAAAUAUAAUUAAGAUGAGUCAUUUUAAAUUUCAAAUAAGAAAGAUUUCAAUGUUCUGUUGGUCCUUACAAAUAGAAUGCCCCAUGUACAACGUCGCACCACAAGUGUACCCGGAAGAAAUCAUGUCUCCGUACAAAGUAAAAGACCAGAUAUAAAGGCAGAUCAUGAUAAUUCCACUCAUGGCUGAUAAAAUGGAAAAAACUAGGACCAUAAUGUUGUGCCUGAACAAGUCAUACAUGAAUCAUUUAAAACGGUGUUUCCGCAA